UAGCGCGGGAGGCGGCGGGCGAUGGAGAGCAGAGCUCAGGCUCCCGCCGUCCCCCAGCGCGCUCAGCUGCUAUCCCGCAGCUGAGCCGGGAGGCUCCGGCCCCGUGCGCCCUACGGUGGCCCCGCCACUAUGGCCAGCAUGUGGGCGCCGGAGCACUCCGCCGAGGCGCACAGCAACGGGUCAAGUGCGACCGACGACUGCGGCUCCGUGUCCGUGGCCUUCCCCAUCACCAUGAUGGUCACUGGCUUCGUGGGCAACGCGCUGGCCAUGCUGCUCGUGUCGCGCAGCUACCGGCGCCGCGAGAGUAAGCGCAAGAAGUCUUUCCUUCUGUGCAUUGGCUGGCUGGCGCUCACCGACUUAGUGGGGCAGCUCCUGACCAGUCCGGUGGUCAUCCUCGUGUACCUGUCGCAGCGACGCUGGGAGCAGCUCGACCCAUCGGGGCGUCUGUGCACCUUCUUCGGGCUGACCAUGACAGUGUUCGGGCUGUCCUCGCUCCUGGUGGCCAGCGCCAUGGCCGUGGAGCGCGCCCUGGCCAUCCGCGCGCCGCACUGGUAUGCCAGCCACAUGAAAACUCGCGCCACGCGCGCUGUACUGCUGGGCGUGUGGCUGUCUGUGCUCGCCUUCGCGCUGCUGCCGGUGCUGGGCGUGGGCCGCUACAGCGUGCAGUGGCCGGGCACGUGGUGCUUCAUCAGCACCGGGCCAGCGGGCAACGAGACAGACCCUGCGCGGGAGCCGGGCAGCGUGGCCUUUGCCUCCGCCUUCGCCUGCCUGGGCUUGCUGGCUCUGGUGGUGACCUUUGCCUGCAACCUGGCGACCAUCAAAGCCCUGGUGUCCCGCUGUCGGGCCAAAGCUGCCGCCUCGCAGUCCAGCGCCCAGUGGGGCCGGAUCACUACAGAGACCGCCAUCCAGCUCAUGGGGAUCAUGUGUGUGCUGUCCGUCUGCUGGUCGCCGCUAUUGAUAAUGAUGUUGAAAAUGAUCUUCAAUCAGAUGUCGGUUGAGCAAUGCAAGACACAGAUGGGAAAUGAGAAGGAGUGCAAUUCCUUCCUAAUUGCAGUUCGCCUGGCUUCGCUCAACCAGAUCUUGGAUCCCUGGGUUUAUCUGCUGCUAAGAAAGAUCCUUCUUCGAAAGUUCUGCCAGAUCAGGGACCACACCAACUAUGCCUCCAGCUCUACCUCCUUGCCCUGCCCAGGCUCCUCAGUCCUGAUGUGGAGCGACCAGCUGGAAAGAUGAGGAACAACCUGAAGUGGACUAUUGUUGUAGUACCUGCUUUCCUGGGUCUGAGAAUUUCUUCCCCCAGGGAAGGAUAACCAAAUCAUUUUGGAUUGCAUCUUCUUUUGGCUUCGUAUUUUAAGUUUUCCUUGACAGUAAAUACACUGAGACAAGCUUUCUUAUGAUAAUCUGAGAGUCUGGCCAUUAGCUGGUUCCUGUGGAUGACCAAGACUUUGCACUUGAGAGGGGGGAGGCAAGAGAGCAUAGAGAAGCAUGGAGAGACUCAGUGCAGAAGUGUCUCCAUCUCCAGCCUCCAGAAUCUUUAUGGACAUGGACACCUUCAUGUGUUUGAUAGUCUGAUUCUACUACAUAGAUCUGAAAAAGCAGCAUAACUUUUUUAACAGUGAAGCACCAAUGUGUUGAGAGCAAAUGUUCAUCUAAGAAGCCAUGAGCUAAACAAGACAAAAAAAAAAAAAAAAAAAAAAAAAAAAAAAAAAAAAAAAAAAAGCCUGCAUGAGAAGACAGGAGAGAUUGUGCAAAGGAUAUUUGUGCCAAGCAGGUAUAUGGCACCACAGAGUUGUGUUCUUCUUAGUAAGACUGGGAAAUAAGGUUUCUAAGUUAAUUAUAAUUACUGGCCCCUUAGUAAUUCAGGAAUCAUGCCCUCAUUUCUCUGCUUUUAAAGGGAGAAGUUUAGCUAAAGACACAUUCCAGGUGUUACUAAUAGUUCCAAAGCUAGGUGACUAAAUGUUCAGUUAGAGCUGUUAAAAGGAAAACCAGCUAAUAAUCGUUCCAGUUCUAUGUGUUAUUUUUGAAUUACUAGCUACUUAAUAUUUCUCAUAAUUUGUGCUCAGGCAGCACAAUCCAAAUGGGGAGGGGAGGGCAAAAUUACUAAGUGACAUUUAUUCUACAUCUAAGUCUGUGACUUUUUUAUGAAAUAAAAUAAUUUUGUCUGUGUUGAAAUAGUGGAGUUUGAAAAAUAUUUGAGUUAUUUAAUAGCUUCCAUCUGGUACACACUUAUGUGCUUGUGAAUCUGACAACCUGUUCUUCCUUCUUCCACCUGCCCUCUGACUCCCCACCUGCCCCCCAUGCAGCCCUUAUUUUGGCAGAUAUUCAGUAUCUGCUCAGACACUGCUAUGUCACACUGUCUCUUUUCUGGGAUCUUUAGUUUCAUCCUGCACCAGGAUUCCAUUCUUAUUUCAUCCACCUAUAACUAAACAAUGCCUUCUGUGAGUCAGUUGUCAACUCCCACUGCUUUAUUUUAAAUCUGUUUCCUUCUCAGAUUUAAGUUCAGUGAUCAUUACUAAGCACAGGAUAAAGACCACCAUCAGAGGAAUGCCCAUCUCUUACCUCUGUGGCUAUCGAACUGUGCUAUUUCAUCAUCACAAGAGAGGGCUCUGAACAGUUCUCCGCAAGUCUCAUCACUAAGAUUUACUGCAAUGACCCCCUACUUAUAGGACCAGGUGAUGCAGCAGUUGCAUGGUCUUUGAUCCAAAGUUGGAUUUGACUCUUGAUACACCAUGCAUAGGCCCUGUGCCCUUGAGAAACCUUCUGCACAUUCCGCUGGGUCUCAAAUGAAGCCAUCUAUGAGCAGAAAACUGUUUCCCAUAAGGUUGUUGUCAGGAUAUCUAGGAAGUAUAUGCAAUGCACUAGAUGCCAGUUAGGCAUGGUUGUGAUUAAGUCUUUGUUUAGAAUUAUUUCAAAGUACUUGAUAUGAGCUUUCAGUUCAACUUCAGACUGACUUCCUUACUGCAUGAGGUUGAAUGUCAUGGGCAGAAUCCACUUCUAAUGCAUGUAUUCUUAUCUGUAAGACCUAGCCAUCACUUUACCUCUGCAGAACUUCAGACUUCCCACCUGUUCUCACCUUGUCUUAGGCCUCAGACAAUUCACACCUCUGUGUGUCCUUGCCUGUAUCCCCAUCCUGACAUUAUGUGGAGCUCAUAGUAUUACACCACACUGUUCCUUAAGCACUUUCACUGGGUAUGUCAUUUUCCCCUGAAAAACAAUGUCUAGAACCCUUUUGUUUCUUAUAUUUUCUUUAGGAAUAUCCUAGCUCCAUGUUGUCACAUUUGAUGUCUAGAAAGUUACUGUUCACUAGAAAUCAUCUGCAGGGGUAUGCAGGACUCCCAGUUUAUAAUAGGAAGGAACUUGGUAGAAAGCUGCUCCUAUACUACUGUUCAGUAGAGGAAGUUUCAUGUUAACUUUCUGACCUGAAUGCAUCUGUAUCCAAGCAAACUAGUUCAAUGCAAUAAUGUAAAGCUCAUUUUGAGAAUGCAAUAAUAUUGCAAUAACUGGAUAUGCUUGACAAAGGUGAUUCUUAGACACCAGACUGGCCCUCUUGUGAUUCAUCCAAACUCCGAUGAGAGAACGUAUGUGUCUGUGUAAAACGCUUAUGGUGCUUUUUUUAAAAAUGGGUUUUCGUUUUUUAGGUUUUCAGCAAAACUGAAUGGAGUUCAAAGGAUACUUUGACUUUUAGUUCAGAGAAAUCACCUACUGCUGACUGGAUUCAUCUGAAAUGCUGAUUUCCUAUAAAGUGUGCUUGUGCUGUGAUUUGGUGAUAUGUGAAUUAAUUUUUAAGGCUGCCAUCAUCAGUAUUGACAGAAAACACUCUCAUCCUUAUAUAAGGUUACAAUAAGGGCUGAUUCUCCAAAUAAAACAAGUUCCACUGAAUUGCUGCCCUGGUGGAACUGAUCAGUAGGUUUAAACCAAUUGUAAAACCAAUCAUAAUUCUUAGAGUUAAACACACCAAACCGCAAUGUUAAUGUGCUAAGUGGAUGUAUAGACAUGCAUUCUUCAUCUUUUCACAUGUAUGUAGUGGAUUCUUUGUAAUAUAUUAUGUAUUGCAUAUAUGUAAGAUACUUGUAUAAAAUGCACUGUGUGUAUGGCUCUUUGUAAUGUAUUAUACAGAUGUAAGUUACUAUGUGUGACAUAUUGCAUGUCACAUAUGUCUGUUUCAUGUGUCGUAUAUUGCAUGUAAUCUGUUCUGUAAUGACCUCCUGCAGAGUCCAAUCUCUACUUCUGUCCUCUUGCACCAGCACAAACCAGUGUGAAAACAAAUAAAGCAAAUGUCCACAA